CUCAGAAUCGAGGACGGCCAGGGCUCUUUGGUGGCAUGCGUGUUCCCAUCCAUGCCUGAUCAUAUGCGACAGAUGCUGAUAGCCUACUUGGUGGCAGCCUUCGAGGCUCAGUCCGCAAAUCUUCAGGAAACUGACUCCGCAUCAGAGGGCCGAGAGUACCGCUUCCCAGCUCUCCACUUCUCGUGGUACAAUCGUCACGGAACAAGGGGACAUGGAAUUCCUACGAGCUCCCAUCCCAUCCUCUCAGAGAAGGACGAUCAUUCGCGGACUAACUACACGCAGAUGCUCCCCUACCCCUCCCGGGACAUGAGCAAGUUCGAGGAGAUAUAUCAGAAUCUAGAGGAGAUAUUCCAAGGUGUUUUUGAAUGGAUGGCGGAGCAUGCAAGAUGCUGGCUGCCCGAGGAGUACCACGACCUUAGUAUGGACGCAGAAGUGCUUCCGGGGAAUGCGCACUCAAUAGUGCAUCCAUUCCUGUCGCUUGUCGUAAACCUCAAUGUCACCACUUCAGCUCACAGGGACCGGCAAGACAAAGCUCUGUGUGUCGUGCUUGUUAUCGGAGAUCACACCGGUGGAGAAUUAUGUAUGUACGAACCCGGCCUCGUCUUUCCACUGCGCAACGGCGACUUUGUAGCGUUUCCAUCA